UCGCAGGCCCUGAAGGCUGGGAACAUGGAAGUGGUGAUGGAAAUCGCUUACACUAUCUUUGGUUGGACAUCCAUUCCCUUUGUUUCUUGUUACUAUUCUCAAAAGCUCUACGAUGAGAGUGUCAGGCUAUCGGAAACCCUAUAUAGAAUUCCUUGGUAUAAAGAGACUCCAAAAGUAAAAAGAAGUCUGUGGGUGAUGAUGAUGGUAACCAGGAAACCAAUUGUCUUGGACUAUAAAGGAAUCAUACCUAUGAAUCUUCGAAGGUUCCUAGAGAUGAUGCAUCUAGCUUACUCAUACUUUACGAUCCUACAAUCCAUGGGAUGA